UGAAUCAACACGAAACAGGACUGUAUAAUUCAAUCUUCUUGUGCACGGAACAAGCUAAGUUACUAACAUUUUGUGUUCUAAAAACGGAAUAUCCAGGAGCCUCUUUAGCGGACUGGGUCCGAUGUUUGAUAGGUGGAUGAAACCCGCCUUUAAAUCGUGAUAUUUGUGUUGUGAACAUGUUUUGUUUUUACUCCGCUAAAGCUGAUUUUUACCGUUGUGAAUUCGGCAGAAAAGAUUUAUUAAAAUGAUAUGUACAUUGGAAAAAUGGAAAUAUAUUUAUUCAAUGAUUGCUGUACUAAACUUAGGAGUUUUAAGUAGUCCAACCUACCAUUACACAGACACUCCAAGAUUUUUGGACACGGGUCAAGGUUACAACGUCACAGUUCAUCGAGAUCAAAAUGCAGAGUUAGCGUGCAAAAUAGAAAACAUCGGGCCUAAACAGGUGGCUUGGGUGAAAAAACCCAAUUCAUUUCCCCUUGCCAUAGACACUGAAAUUUUUGAUCCAGAUAAAAAGAAUAUUAGAGUGAAAUACGAGAAACAUUCCAAAUCGUCCCAAUCCUGGAACCUAGUCAUCGAGCAUGCGCAGCCGUCCGAUUCCGGUGUGUACGAAUGCCAGGUGACAUCCAAGAUACCACUUAGUUUUGACGUUCACCUGCAUGUGUUAGAUUCUCCUCUCAUUCUUGAACCCUCAAUAGAAAUGGUUGGCGUUAAGGACAAUAAAAUCGUCAAUUUAUACGAUCCCUUAACGCUGACAUGCAACUCUACUGGGUCACAUGGUCCCCCGGACGCAAUCGAUUGGUUUUUUGAAGGAAACCUCGUGACCAAUCGGGACCCUCAUUGGAGGGGGAGAAUCGUCGUAACAAAGCGUAUUCAGGAGGAACACCCGUAUUCAUUGUUGAGUGCCCUGAUUAUACACAGAACGGAGAUGGGAGAUCAGGGACGUUAUAUUUGUAGAAGCACCACCUAUACUGACCCUAACACAAUAAUGCCCACUAUCAGCGCAGAGGUCAUGAUCCUCAACACAAAGAAAAAUCAGAAGAGGAGGGAUGAUGAGAGCAAAAAAGUGCAGGCCUUUACGAGAAACACCGGAAGUGGUGUUCAUAUGGACAUUCUUGCUUUCUUCAUAUUAGCUGCGAUAGCUGGUAUAAUACAACUGGAAAAUGGUUAGAAUUUAAUUUGAUGCCCCGAAAAAUAAUUCAUCAAUUCUAGUCACGUGAGGCUCUACCGGAAGCUGGAGAAUGCUGCGUAAUGAACAAGUCGCGCGGACUGCUUGACGUUAUCGAACAUUAUUAAUGGCGAAUUAUGCUAUUAUCGACAGAGUUUUAUCAUUGGCCAGUAGAUUUAUGUAAAGUUUGUGUGGUUUUAUUACACUUAAAUCUGGUAUUUGUCAAGUGAUUAUUUGAGAUGGCGACAGUAGCGAUCGGUUUGUCUGGAACGACAUUUCUUUUUCUAUAGAUGUCGCAAAAUGCAAUAGGAAAUAAUCAAACAUGAAAGAGAAGCGCUGUGUAAUGAAAAGAACUCCCAAUGGCAAUAUGUUUACCGGCCAAUUACACAGUCAUUCUAUUGAGAUUCAAAAGAUAAAUAGACAGAAAUCUAGGAAUUGUGAAGAUUUACAGUGCAUUUAUCAUCAGAUAAUCCCCAUCAUAUUUCAUAAGGAAUACAAGCAUAAUUAUUGUGUGGUGUGGAAGUUGUACCAGUGUUUACUAGUGUGUAUUUUGUUAUCUGUUGUAUAGAAUUCUUUUCCUGCCCGAAGUUUGAACAAUGAGGACAUUUUGUUAUUGUAUAUUUAACUUAUAUUUGUUAUGUCUCUUUAUUUUUAUUUGUAUCUAAAAUCUAUAAUGAAA